AUGGCUCGCAAGUUCUUCGUCGGCGGUAACUUCAAGAUGAACGGGACCCGGAAGGAUCUCAAGGCCAUCGUUGACAACCUUAACAAUGCCCAAUUGGACCCCAACGUCGAGGUCGUGAUCGCCCCUCCCGCCCUCUACCUUGAAUUCGUCAAGCAGAACCUCACCAAGCCCAACAUUGAGGUCGCCGCCCAGAACGUCUUCAACAAGCCUAACGGCGCCUUCACCGGCGAGAUCAGCGUCUCGCAGCUCCAGGAUCUCGGCAUCAAGUGGACCCUCCUCGGCCACUCUGAGCGCCGCAACGAGCUCGGCGAGUCGGACGAGUUCGUCGCCUCCAAGACCAAGUUCGCCCUCGACAACGGCAUCUCGGUCAUCUGGUGCUGCGGCGAGUCCAAGGACACCCGCCAGGCCGGCGAGACCAUCAAGUUCGUUGAGAACCAGCUCGCCGCUCUCGCCAAGGAGAUCAACGACUGGAAGAACGUCGUCAUCGCCUACGAGCCCAUCUGGGCCAUCGGUACCGGCCUCGUCGCCACCAAGGAGCAGGCCCAGGAGGUCCACGCCUCCAUCCGCAGCUGGCUCAAGCAGAACGUCAGCGAGAAGGUUGCUGAGGAGACUCGCAUCCUCUACGGUGGCUCUGUCAACGCCAAGAACUGCAAGGACCUUGCCAAGGAGGAGGACAUUGACGGUUUCCUUGUUGGCGGUGCCAGCUUGAAGCCCGAGUUCGUCGACAUCAUCAACUCCAAGCAGUAG